AUGGCUCUGAUAACUGAAGCAGAUAAUCCAAUAAAAGCAAUUAGUCUGGAAAUUUAUGGGAAUCUAGCAUUGUUAGGAGAUGUGAAUGAUCCUAAAUUUUUUCAAAGCAGAGCCAUUUUAGCCCCAACCAACGAGGAUGUCAACACUAUCAAUCAGUAUCUCCUCGAGAAGUUGGACAGUGAAGAGAGGAUUUAUUUAAGUGCUGAUAGCAUUGACCCUACUGAUUCAGAUUCUUUGUCGAAUCCUGCGAUUACACCAGAUUUUUUAAACAGUAUCAAGAUAUCGGGCUUGCCAAAACAUGAUUUACGUUUGAAGAUUGGUGCUCCGGUUAUGCUGCUUCGUAAUAUUGAUCCUAAAGGUGGGCUAUGUAAUGGAACCAGGCUUCAAAUUACACAGAUGGCAAAUCAUGUUUUGGAAGCAAAAGUAAUCACAGGAGAUAGAGCAGGUGAUAUUGUAUUGAUUCCUAAGAUUGAUCUAACACCUUCGGAUACAAAGUUGCAUUUCAAAAUGCGUAGAAGACAGUUUCCAAUCUCCGUUGCAUUUGCGAUGACUAUAAACAAAAGUCAAGGCCAAUCACUAGAGAAGGUGGGACUUUAUUUGCCAAAACUGGUGUUCUCUCAUGGUCAGCUCUAUGUUGCUUUAUCUAGGGUUACUUCUAAGAAAGGGUUGAAAAUUUUGAUCGUUAACAAGGAAGGAAAGAUCGAAAGACAAACUACUAAUGUGGUUUUCAAAGAGGUGUUUCAGAAUUUGGAUUAA